AUGGAGGUGCCGAGCGUCAAGGACUUCCAGUGGAAGCGCCUGGCGCCACUGCCCAGCCGCCGGGUCUACUGCUCCCUGCUGGAGACCGGGGGGCAGAUCUAUGCUAUCGGGGGCUGUGACGACAAUGGCGUCCCCAUGGACUGCUUCGAGGUCUACUCCCCUGAGGCCGACCAGUGGACCGCUCUGCCGCCCUUACCCACGGCCCGGGCCGGGGUGGCUGUCACCGCCCUGGGGAAGCGGAUUAUGGUAAUCGGGGGUGUGGGCACCAGUCAGCUGCCCCUGAAGGUCGUGGAGAUGUACAACAUCGAUGAGGGCAAGUGGAAGAAGAGGAGCGGGCUGCGCGAGGCAGCCAUGGGCAUUUCUGUCACGGCCAAAGAUUACCGAGUGUAUGCAGCAGGCGGGAUGGGCUUGGAUCUCCGGCCCCACAACCACCUCCAACACUAUGACAUGCUCAAGGACAUGUGGGUAUCCCUAGCGCCCAUGCCCACCCCGAGAUAUGCUGCCACCUCCUUCCUCCGAGGCUCCAAGAUCUAUGUGCUGGGGGGACGACAGUCCAAGUAUGCAGUCAAUGCCUUCGAGGUCUUUGACAUCGAGACUCGUUCCUGGACCAAGUUUCCCAACAUUCCCUGCAAGCGGGCCUUCUCCAGCUUUGUGACCCUAGACAACCGCUUGUACAGCCUGGGAGGCCUGCGGCAGGGCCGGCUCUACCGGCAGCCCAAGUUCCUGCGGACGAUGGACGUGUUUGACAUGGAGCAGGGGGGAUGGCUAAAGAUGGAACGCUCCUUCUUCCUCAAGAAGCGGCGGGCAGACUUUGUGGCUGGCUCUCUGAGUGGACGGGUCAUAGUGGCCGGAGGACUUGGGAACCAGCCCACGGUCCUGGAGACAGCAGAGGCAUUCCACCCAGGGAAGAACAAAUGGGAGACCCUCCCUGCCAUGCCCACGCCCCGCUGUGCCUGCUCCAGCAUUGUCCUCAAGAACUGUCUCCUGGCUGUUGGGGGUGUCAACCAGGGUCUGAGCAAUGCAGUGGAAGCCCUGUGUGUCUCUGACGCCUAG